AAUGGUGACUGCUUGUUGAACAAGGCAGCAUUACUGUAAAUUGGUGCAGGAAGAGCGAGUGCGUCGGGUGUUGGACACAAAACAAAUGAAGGAGGUGUGUUUUGUUUAGGCAGGAAUUUUGGUCCUGUAAAUCCCAAAUUCCCAUUGACAGCUGCUUGUUGUCUUCGAAUCCCUCACUGUUUUCUCACCAUCAACUUGGUGGCAUGGACUGUUGGUGGUCUUUGAAAAGCAGGUAUCUGAGCUUGGAUUGUGAGUAUCAGCAUGACAUUAACUUGUGCUUUGCUAUAGAUUAGGGUUUAUGGGACUGGUUUUGAUAGUUAAAUAGAGGGAGAAAAUAAAAAAACAAAAGAAUCCUAGCCCUAUCUAAAAUUUAUUUCGGAUACAAUUAAAAUUUAAAUUGCCAUUGAGAAAUAAUUGGUAAAAAGCUUAACUAGGAUGGACAAGACUCUAUUUAUUUUUGAAUUAUAAAGAAAAGGAAAGAGGAAGAAAUAGGAAAAAGAAAAGAAAGUAGUUAGAAUAAUUAAACCCAAAAGUAAUCAUUUGAAUUGGAAUAGUUUUCAUCUUAUACGUUGAUUUAUAUAUUCUCUUCCCCUGAUUUAACUAAUUACACGAUUUUAUUUGAGUGAUUGAUCUUUUUUUGAUUGGCCGGGAUCAGAUUUUAUACCAACAAAGAUGAUAUUGAAAUUAAAUGGCCGAGAUGCAUGCAGAGAUAUACAUCCAAGGAAAUUGCUUGGGUCUCAAAUAAAAUCCUUGCUUCCCAAGCAAAAGCAGGAGGGAUCCUAUAUUAUUAUCCAAAAUAAGAACAGGCAUUUCAUUUCUCCUCUGCAACAAAUUCAGAUUGGCACUAUCCAAUUUGAUGGUCAUGAAGCCAGGGCAAGUUCAACUCCUCUCUGUUCUCAAAGCAUGCCAAAGCUAUGUGGGCAGUAAUAUUUCAAACCUCACGAGAAUGGCUGCUCCUACAACUCUUGUUGGCCCUCCAGAGCUCAAACAACCAGUAACCUCAUCACCACCACCACCACAAUUCCAAUUACUAUACCAACUUGCUUCCGUCCCAUCCACCACCAAGGAUAAUUACCGCUCCUUUGGUAACCCCUGCCAUGCAAUCUAUUUCAACGACAAAACUCAUAGACAUCUGAAGCAACUGCUCCCACUCGCCUGGUCCCGCAAUCCCCUAACCACCCUUAAGCUCAUCUGUAGCCUACUACGCUUCCAAGAGAAAGAAUUGUUUUACACGGCGGCGUCUUGGCUCUUCCAGAACCACCCCAAGACCCUAGCAUGCAACGUGGUGCCUAUUGCUGGGGCAUUGGGGGAUUUCAAAGACAUUCUGGAGGUUCUCUAUGGGAUUCUAGAUGUCAAUGCCGUGAGGAAGAGGAGGAGUCGGAGUCGGAAUUUGUGGUUUGUUUACGAGGAGGACGUGAUACAGAAGAAAGUAGGCAGCGGGGCAGAUAUUAGUAAUAAUACGAGAAAGAAGAUGAUCGACAUGGCAAGGAAGGCUGUUGAGAUGUAUGAAAGUGAUCCGGAUUAUCAACUGUUACACGAGCGGGUUUCGGAUCUUUACGCUGAAUGCUUGAAGUCUGAUAUUCAGAAUUUGAAGAAAUAUGAGAAGCAGAAGAUGGAAAAUGUCAAUGGUCCUGACAAGUUAAAUUUGGAGUUGAAGUUAACCAUGGCAGCCAAGUGGUGCCCUUCUGUCGAUUCCUUCUUUGAUCGCUCCACGUUGCUUUGUGAGACCAUUGCAAGGAAGCUUUUCCCGCAAGAGGAAUGCAAGAAAGGUAAUUCUGUUCAGGAGGAGGAGGCGGAUUACGUGUCAAGAGUUCGAGAGCGGCUGAUGAAUGAAGUUUUGGAGCCCUUGAGGAAAGUCAUUAAAGAAGGUUAUGAAGAAAAAAUAUGUACCCUAUGUAAGAAGGGGAGAGGAGCCUCGGGUGAAGAAGUAUUUGAUGUGUGUCAACUCAAAAAAGAUUGAAGCAGGUGCUAUGCUUCCACAUCAGAUCAUAGGCUAUGUGAAUGACCGCAAUUUCGGGGAACUGGCUGAGGCUCAGUGGAAGGCAAUGGUGGAGGAGAUGUAUUCAAAGCGGGGAAAGUUCAAGAACUGCUUAGCUGUGUGUGACGUCUCUGGAAGGAUGUCUUGGGAUCCCAUGAAUUUUUCAUUGGGUUUGGGACUGUUGGUGUCUGAGCUGAGUGAAGAGCCAUGGAAAGGAAAGGUCUUCACUUUUAGUCGAAAUCCUCAGCUACUUUUGAUACAAGGCGAUGAUCUUAAGUCCAAGUGCGCGUUUAUGAGGAGGAUGGACAACCAGGACUGGGACGGGGAGACUGAUUUUAACAAGGUGUUUGAUUUGAUCCUGGAAGUGGCUGUGAAGGGGAACUUGAAGCCAGAGCAAAUGAUCAAGAGGUUGUAUGUGUUCACCAGUGACCAAGAUUUUGAUGAUGCUUCCGCAAAUAGCUGGAAGACUGAUUAUCAGACAAUACAGAGCAAGUUUAAGGAGAAAGGAUAUGGCGAUGUGGUGCCACGCGUAGUGUUUUGGGAUAUGAACGAAGACGAGGCUAUCCCGGUGGCCUAUUCUGCAGAACAAGGGGUGGCCAGGAUGACUGGCUACUCCAAGAACUUGGUCAAUUGCUUCUUGGACAAUGAUGGGGAUGUCAGCCCCGAUCAUGUUAUGGAAGCAGCCAUCUCUGGCAAUUAUUAUCAAAACCUGGCUGUAGUUGACUGAUCCUCAUAUGAUUGCAGUCUCCUUCUCCUUUGGCAUUUGGGAUUUUAUGAAAAGAAACUUGAAUUGACUUAUUUAAUGAUA